AUGGAAGGAGUGAACCAGUCUGUGGUGUCAGAGUUUGUGUUCCUGGGACUCACCAACUCCUGGAGUAUUCAACUAUUGCUCUUUGUGUUCUCCUCCAUGUUUUAUGUGGCAAGCAUGAUGGGAAACUGCCUCAUUGUGUUCACUGUGGCAUCUGACCCUCACUUACACUCUCCCAUGUACUUUCUGUUGGCUAACCUCUCUUUCAUUGACUUAGGUGUUUCUUCUGUUACUUCACCAAAGAUGAUUUAUGACUUAUUUAAAAAACACAAAGUCAUCUCCUUUACAGGUUGUGUUACUCAAAUAUUUUUCAUUCAUGUUAUUGGUGGCACUGAGAUGGUACUGCUCAUAGCUAUGGCCUUUGACAGGUAUGUGGCCAUAUGCAAACCAUUACGCUAUCUGACCAUCAUGAGCCCACGGAUGUGCCUGCUAAUAUUAGUUGCUGCUUGGAUCAUUGGCCUCAUCCAUUCAUCAGCCCAGCUGGCUUUUGUUAUAAACUUGCCAUUCUGUGGCCCUAACAUACUAGACAGCUUUUAUUGUGACAUACCACGACUCAUCAAGCUUGCAUGCACAGAUACUUAUAAACUGGAGUUCAUGAUUACUGCCAAUAGUGGGUUCAUUUCCUUGAUUGCAUUCUUCUUACUUAUCAUCUCCUACGUCUUUCUUCUCACCACUGUUCAGAAGCAUGUCUGGAAACAUUCUUCAGGUGGUUCAUCCAAAGCUCUCUCCACUCUCUCAGCUCACAUCACAGUGGUUUUUCUUUUCUUUGGUCCCACUCUGUUUAUAUAUACAUGGCCCCAACCUAACUCACAGAUUGACAAAUUUCUUGCCCUGUUUGAUGCAGUUCUUACUCCUUUUCUGAACCCAGUAAUCUACACAUUCAGAAAUAAAGAGAUGAAGGUUGCAAUAAAGAGAGUUUUCAAAACAUUAUUAACUUUUAGAAAUAUUUCAUAA